CUGGACGCGAGAAGGGCAGCCUCGUAAUUUAAUCACAACGUCCGGGCCAAAUUUGUUCCAGUUAUAAAUUCACUAAUUAGGGCACGCUUCCUCGUUCCUCAUCCCUCUCUCUCUCUCUCUCCGGAUUCUCCGCUCUGAUCCUCAGGCAUCAACUAUGUCAACCGCUACCCUCUCAACACCCAGCGCAAUCAAAUGCAGCGUCAAAACCCACGCCCCUUCCCCCGCCCUGCUCAAGUCCCCGUCGUCCCUCAGCUUCUUGAAGAGCACAUCCAAAGCAUUCGGCCUCAAGACCUCGAACUCCUUCAAGACAGCCGCCAUGGCCACUUACACGGUGAAGCUCAUCGGGCCAGAAGGCGACGAGCAUGAGUUUGAGGCCCCCGACGAUGCUUAUAUCCUCGACUCGGCCGAGACCGCAGGGGUGGAGCUCCCAUAUUCCUGCAGAGCCGGUGCGUGCUCGACCUGCGCUGGCUUCAAGGUCUCUGGUUCGGUCGAUCAGUCUGAUGGGUCGUUUCUCGACGACGAGCAGAUGGAGAAGGGGUACGUGCUUACUUGUGUCUCGUAUCCUACUUCGGAUUGCGUGAUUCAUACUCACAAGGAAAGCGAGCUCUACUAGUCCGCUGCAUCUGUCUGUGGACCUGUGGAACUUAUUUCAGUGAGCUUGUUUUUUUUUUUUCGCAAUGAAUGUUUUGUGGAGGUUGUAACUGAAAGGUUGGUUGUUGUCUUUUGAAUAAUUUGCGAACGUACCAGGAAUUGUACUUGGAUUUCCCCGAGCCCAUCUGAAUGUGUUGGAUCAUCGGUGGAAAUGAACAAGUAUGGUGCUGUAUUUCCAUUUAAAAAUUUAAAAAAAUACGGUCAAGCUUUUGUUGUGAUA